AUGGUAUUUCAUGGCAGUAACCUCAAGUCAUAUGAAGAGGGCAGCUUUAGCACAGUCAAACCCAUUGGCUCAGUCACAUUAAGCCUCCAUAACCUAUUUCUGAAGGACCAAACUCUUGUCUCCAAAAUUCUUCAUGAUGUUUCCAAGAAAGAGACCUCACUGAUAAUCUCAGAUGCCAAAAUCAACAGCAAGAGUUCUGUUCAACCCUUCGAAGAGGUUAAACUGGGAGGCACUGCUGUGUUAACAUUGCGUAACAUAACUACCACAGAUGAGGAGGUUACAGUGGCACGGCUUAACAAUUUAAAUGCUCUGGACUUGAGUUAUAACACCUUCAUUGACAUGCCAGAAGACUGUGUCUGGCCUGCCGGACUAAGUUUUCUCAACCUGUCUCAAAACAAUUUUGUAUGUACAUGUGAGUUUGUGGCAUUCCUACAGCAUGAUGUUGAGAAACUAGUUAAACUCCAGGAUGGUCCCGACAGCUAUGUAUGUGACUCACCACUCACACUGAGAGGCAACAUGGUCCAAAAUGCACAACUAUCACUCUUUGAGUGUCACAUGAUCCCCGCUAUUUCAAUCCUCUGUGCUGGCAUAUUCCUCACCAUUCUCCUGCUCGGAUUCACCUGCCAUAAACUUCAUGUCUUGUGGUACCUGCGUAUGACCUGGGCAUGGAUUCAAGCCAAGCGGAGACCAGCCGUUAGCAGGAGCGAAUCUGUCCGUUAUGAUGCCUUUGUCUCUUACAGCGAGCAUGAUGCUGAGUGGGUGGAGGAGGUACUGGUUCCUGAGCUGGAGGGAAACCAACCCCCUUUUGCCCUCUGUUUGCAUAAACGAGACUUCCAGCCAGGUCGUUGGAUUGUGGACAAUAUCAUAGACUGCAUAGAGAAAAGCCACUGCACCCUCUAUGUUCUCUCUGAACACUUUGUCACAAGUGAAUGGUGUCGUUAUGAACUUGAUUUCUCACACUUUCGUCUUAUCGAUGAAAAGAAUGACUCAGCAGUUUUGAUCUUGCUGGAGCCCAUUGAGAAGGAGACAAUUCCAAAACGAUUUUGCAAGCUGCGGAAGGUGAUGAAUUCAAAGACUUAUCUGGAGUGGCCAGAGGAAGAGGAGAAGAGAGCAGAGUUCUGGCACAAUCUCAAAGCAGUCCUGCAGAGAGAGGAAUCCUCAGCAGACUGA